CUCUCUGACGUCAUAGCGGCCAAUCCAGUUCCCUGCAAGGAGGAGCACCUAAGAGAAGCCUUUCUGAUUGGUGGGGCCCUAAUGAAAACUGAUUCCAGAGACCCCAGAUGGCAUCUCCUGUACGUAGACACCCUGCUUGCCAAAGGUGCGGUGAAGGCAGCAGCUGCUCACCUGGGCCAGGUCUUUGGCCAGGAGCCUCGGGAAGCAGCUGCCCAGGCCAGGUGGGGGGUGGUGGAGUCAUGGCAGCAGAACUUUGGAGCUGCAGGCAGGAGGCUGAGCAGAAUCGCAGAGAGAGACUCUUCCACCCUGGACUUCCUGCUGGAUCUGAUCACUUCAGCUCACAGGGGUCUCCUUGCACAGAAGGCAUCUCCCACGUCCGCUCGCACGCGCACACUCUGGGCACUCGUGAUGAGAGCAGCAGAGGUGCGCUGGCGCCGGCUCUGAGCACCUGCGGGAGGCGUCCGGUGGGCACCUGCGGCGUGGGCUCGCCCGCUGAUCAGGGAGGAGCGAGUUCGCCGUUCAGCGAGCAGUUUUGGUUUCCUCUAAGAAGAGCCUCACGACGGGAACACAACAGUGAAGCUCUGUCCUGCAACUGUGCUCCUCGCACACAGCCUCCAGUCAUAGCCGGAGCGACAAGAAUGGGUAAAUCGGAAAGCCAAAUGGACAUUGUGGAGAAAUCAACCAAGCCAGGUAAGCGGCGAUGGAGCGUGACGGAGAUCGGAUUGUCCGUCCUCCUGCUGCUGGUGAGCUGCGCUUUGGCCGGACUCAUCGUGCUUUAUACAUCGGCUCUGAAGGAGCGAUCCAGCAGAACCGGAACCCCAAGGAAUGCCGGAGCGAUUGAAGAGCCCCUGUAUCGGCCCAACAGCAACGCUGUGUGCACUACACCUGGGUGUGUCACUGCGGCUGCACGGCUGAUCCAGAACAUGGACUCAAUGGUUGAGCCGUGCCAGAACUUUUACCAGUACGCCUGUGGAGGCUGGCUGGACCGGCACGUGAUCCCAGAGACCAGCUCCCGCUACAGUGUCUUUGACAUACUGAGAGAUGAGCUGGAGAUUAUCCUGAAGGGAGUUCUGGAGACCAAGAAUGAGCAGGAUAGGGAGGCCUUCUGCAAAGCGAAGACCCUGUACAACUCCUGUAUGAAUGAGAGUCUGAUUGAGCAACGUGACUCUCAGCCCCUGAUCGAGCUCAUUGACACCGUUGGAGGUUGGCCCGUGGCAUCGGAAGACUGGAACGGCACUGCUGCAGGGAAGGAGUGGAGCAUGGAGGAUGCGCUGGCCACUCUCACCUCACGUUUCCACAAGAAAGUACUGCUGGACAUUUUUGUCUGGACAGACGAUCGCGAUUCCAGCCACCACAUAAUCUACAUUGACCAGCCGGGGCUGGGAAUGCCUUCCAGGGACUAUUAUUUCAAUGAUGGGAACUACAAAAAGGUGCGGGAGGCAUACUUGCAGUUCAUGUUUUCCAUUGUGCUCAUGGCGCGUGAGGACCGGAAUCUAACUAGGGACGAAGACCGCGUCUGGGAAGAAGUGAUGCAAGUGAUGCAGCUGGAAACUGACAUCGCCAAUGCCACAUCUCCUGCUGAAGAGCGCCAGGACGUCACUCUGCUCUACAACAAGAUGACCCUGAGUGAAGUACAGGAAGCCUUCUUCCUAAAUGGGUUCAACUGGACGCAGUUUGUGAGAGGUGUGCUGUCCAGCGUGGCCAUUGACCUCCACCCGCAAGAAGAAGUUGUUGUAUACGGCGCCCCCUACCUGCAGAGGCUGGGUGAUGUGCUCGCCAAGUACAACACCAGGACCCUGCAGAACUACGUGACCUGGCACCUGAUUAUUGACCGAGUCAGCAGUCUCAGCCGUCGCUUCAAAGAGGCCAGGGCUCAUUACAGGAAGGCACUGUAUGGGACAACCGUGGAGGAGGCCCGUUGGCGGGACUGUGUUCGUUAUGUGCAGAGCAGCAUGGAGAAUGCAGUGGGAGCUCUCUAUGUCAGGGAAACCUUUGCUGGAGAGAGCAAGCGCAUGGUGAGCAAUCUCAUUAGUAAGAUCCAAGAGGCCUAUGUAGAGACUCUCGAGGAACUGAGCUGGAUGGAUGCCCAGUCUAAGGAGAAGGCCAAGGAGAAGGUUAUGGCCAUAAGGGAGCAGAUUGGCUACCCUGACCACAUCCUGGAGGAGACCAACCUGAAACUGGACCAGGAGUACGCACACCUGAACUUUAGUGAGGAGUACUACUUCGAGAACAUUCUGCAGAACCUGCAUGCGGGGGCCCAGAAGAGUUUGCGGAAGCUACGGGAGCGAGUCGACCCCGACCUGUGGAUUAUUGGAGCUGCUGUCGUCAAUGCUUUCUACUCUCCCAACAGGAACCAGAUAGUCUUCCCUGCUGGUAUCCUGCAGCCUCCUUUCUUCAGCAAACAUCAGCCCCAGGCUCUGAACUUUGGGGGCAUUGGGAUGGUGAUCGGGCACGAGAUCACCCAUGGCUUUGAUGAUAACGGGAGGAAUUUUGACAAAGACGGGAAUAUGUACAACUGGUGGAGCACCUAUUCUGCUGAGCACUUCAAAGACCAAUCACAGUGCAUGGUCCACCAGUACGGCAACUUCACCUGGAAGCUGGCAGGAGAACAGAACGUUAGCGGCAUCAGCACUUUAGGGGAAAACAUUGCAGAUAACGGAGGAGUUCGGCAAGCGUACAAGGCAUACCUGAAGUGGGUGGAGCGAGAGGGGGAGGAGCCUCGUCUACCUGGACUGGACCUGAACCACAAACAGCUUUUCUUCCUCAACUUUGCCCAGGUGUGGUGUGGCUCAUAUCGACCUGAAUAUGCUAGCCAGUCCAUCAAGACAGACUCGCAUAGCCCCCUGGAGUACAGAGUUAUGGGCUCUCUACAAAACUUUGAGGAAUUUUCAAAGGCGUUCCACUGCAAGAAAGGUACCCCAAUGAACCCCAAGGUGAAAUGUCGGGUAUGGUAGCCGAGAGAGGGGGGGCACACCUACCUACACUGAGGUUAUAUCCUGAUUGGAACUGGACUUGGCCCAUACCUUGUGUCUCAUCCACAGAACACAAAGAUAGCCGGCCCCAGUGCAUGCAGGGAAAGAAACAAAACAGAAAAUAAGCAAACAAAAACACAAAAAUUGCUUAAUGUCAGUUUCCAAUUCCUAUGGAAAAACCAAUUAUAGGCAUUGUUGCUCCUUCAUAAAAGUUUUUUGCUUGUUUUAAUAUGUUUGAGUACAUUUUGUAAUAUUCACACAAUCAACACUACAAAGGAUAAUUUACAAGUUGUUAACAGAGCAAUGGCUUUGAUUGUCUUUUGAUUGUAUUUUCAUGCCGAAAAAGCUAUGCUGGCAAAAAUAGAAAGAAAAAAACCCCUUUGCUUUACUUGAAACGGCCUUUAGAGUUUAGCUGAGAAAGAACUUCUGACUCUCAACGAUGUUUAUGCCAAUAAGUUAAUGAACAACGACAUGUUCAUGGCUUGCGAACCGAUCAAAUAAGAAAUGAAACCGCUUGACUUUUAUCAUACUGAACUGCACCUCUGAAGGUCACAGCAUAUUUUAUUGGAUUUGUGUAAGAUUUUUUUAACUCACUGUUUGCUGGAAUUACGUGAGGCACUGCUAUUAAGUGAAGACAAAUGACUUUAAGACUGUUGAAAGCUAGCUUUAAUGUGUUUUAUGUACAGUUUACAUGAUAAAAUAUAGGAUGGCAUCAAAUGGUGUCACGAUAAAAUAAUGCCUUUUUAGAAGUAUGCCAAGAAACUAUAGUACUGUUAUAAAUGAAUAUAUAUUGUUACCAAUACAAAUAUUUAUGUCAGAUAAUAUAAUCUAUAAGUAAUAUAUUUACUCGUUUAGCGGAAACGCUAUUUUUUUGGGUGUGGUUUGAAUUUUAUUGUUAAUAUACACCGAUCAGCCACAAAAUUAAAACCGCCUACCUAAUAUUUUGUAGGUCCCCCUUGUGCCGCCAAAACAGCUCUGACCCGUCAAGAGUUUUUAAAAUCAUGUGGAAAUAAUUUACCCUCUAACAAUGUAAUCCAUUUAUAAUUUUUUAUGUAAUAAAAACCAAUAAUGUAUUAAGUAGUAAUAGUAGUAGUAGUGUACUUUAUUGACCCCGGGGGGAAUUUGCACUGUUGCAGCAUCAAAGACAACAAAGUAACACAA